UGAAACAUUUUUGUAUGAUUCCCUCAGACGGCCCCUGUUUCAUUUUCCGUCGAAGCGCUGCUCCACCAAGCGUCUCGUCAAUUUUGGUCUCUGGAUCCAGUCUUGACAUUGUGACAUGUCUUAGUCAGUGUUGUCCAAGGGGUCUGGAUUCACAGAUGAUUCAAUAUCCCCCUUCAUUGCGAUGUUCAUCCAUACUCUCAGGCCCCCGAAGGCCAUCUAUCUGUACCUCACUUCUAGGCUUGGACCCCUGCGUUGAUUGAUGGUGUCAAAGGCAGUGGCGUUGGAAGAACAGGAUACCGCUCAUUCCAUUCUGCCCCUUCCUCGCUGACUUCUCUCAUCUAUGAGCAUUAUUGAACGUGUCGACCUCGACAUGACUCAUGUCACAGAGAGGUCCCGGACGCAGAAUCGACUUCGUACGUCCACCUCAACACCAUCACUCUCAUCCACCACUGCCGCCGCCGCCGCCGCCGCCGCGUAUAAUGCAGGCAUCGACAUCUUCUCCUCAUCUAACAUCACCACAACAUCAUCAUCCAAUCCCCCCAGCUCAAAGACCUUGGAAUCUCCCAAAAGACCCGCCACGCCUUCCGAGUAUCGAUCCUCUCCUGUCCGAUAUCAUGCCAACGCACAUCCAUACGCUAUCCAUUCAUCCAGUACGUCCAUCCUCACACGAACCAAUUCUUCCCCCUCCAAAGGACUCGAUCCCGUUUACUAUCGACCGACGAGGCGUAUGAGCUCGUUCCAAGGUGUCUUGGAUGACGGUAAAGAAGGAGCAUCACCUGGACCCGAGGUGCCGGAGAAACCUAGGAUCAAGUUGAAGAAGAGCUGGUCAAUCUCUUCGUUCAGCGAGGAGAAGCCAAAGGAGGUAUUGGGGAAGCCUUCUAUUCCAUCGAAUCCCAAGACAUGGAUGCCUUCAGAUCUCUCAGCGUACCUCAAUUGGGCACUACGCUCUGGUGAUACGGGGCUCACCGAUGACGUUGUUCCACUCCCCCUGGUCCAAGAUAUCAGUUCUUGGAUCUUUAGGCAUCGCGUGACGGGCAGAGAUUUCCUCAAUGUCCAUUCGGACGUAUGGUCAACGUCUCGCCCGCCACCAUUCAUGUCCCUUCUCUUGACCAUCUCGAGGCGUAUGAGACGAUGUUCAGUACAAGGUGGGGGCCUGAAGACAUCCUACCAUCGAGGCGAAGCUUCCGUAUUUCAAGAAGAAGAAUCAGAGGGGCCAUUCAUUGCCGCCGGUGAUGAGGAUGAUGAUGAUGAAGAGGCCGAUUUCGACAAAAUGAGCGGUGUCAAACGCCUUGCCAAAGUUUUUGAAUCAAGAGCAGUCGAUGGUUCUGGAUCCGACGCGGGUCUCGAUGAUAACCUGAUCAAUAUACCCUUGGAACCACAAUGGACAGGGUCCAGCACGACGUCGUCGGCUGCUGGUUGGGAGCGUUGGGGAGUCAAGAGACGUUUCAGUGGACGAUAUGUCUCAUCGGGGUUGGAAUCUCGUGAUGCGUCUUCCAGCUCGAGCGUGCCUGCCGCAGUGACUACGCAAUGUGGUAUGGAGAAGGACGAUACAGCGGACAGCAAGAGUCCUCCUCCACCUUACGCUUCGCCAGCUUUGGAUCUUGUACCACGCUCCGCGGACAUCUUUGCAAGUGUAUCGGAAUCCAGCUCCGCGAUUCGCGCUUCGGAGACCAGUCCACGUCCCAGCACACCACUCUCACCAGCCCCUGAACUCCCAAUGGAAAGCGAUACUUCUUCGAGCUUUUCGCAGAGCAAUACUGAGGCUCAUGCUAGGGAGCAAGUGGAAAGCUAUGCCACACUCAGAAGACGUCAAAGACCCACGACGCCAGCGAGCUCCAGUGCUCCUUUUGACCUCGAGCACAAGGAGACCGAAUUUGACGUCGCCGACGAGUCAGAGUGUCAAGACAAAGAUUCGGCUCGGAGGACGACCUUGCGCCCGAAUGAGUCCCAGAUAUUGGGGUUCCAUCGCUCUCCGCCAGGACGUUCGCUCAUUGACCAAAUACCCAUCACGACCGCCGCGGCCAUUGACCGGAUGACGCCUGACUUGCAAGAUCGGCUGGACGAGAUCUAUGCUCGGAUUGAGCGCUUGGAGCAAGACAAGGCGGACUCGGAGGAGGCGACGACGACGAGAACUAUCCACAGCUGGAACGAUAUUCGAGCGACCUUUGGGAGUAUGGAUAGCCUCGAGGCGUACCUUUUGAACGUAUCUCGAGGGAAUGUGGGGAGUCUGAAGGUUCUGGCAGGGGCUGUAUUUCUGACUGGUGUGGGUCUAGGCAUCUUAGCCGGUAGUCUGUUGAGCAGGCGAGGGCGUUAGUCAGAAAGUCGAGUCCGAGGGGUGAAUAGAAGUCGAUUCAGCUAGAUACAUAUCAGAUGCAGUGGCAGCGCCACAGAUUUGGCCAAGAAGAGCCUUGAAGAUGAGCUGCAAGCAUCGGAGGCGAAUUCAGAAGCGUUGUAGGAGGGACGACGACUGAGCAAUCGCUCCUGACCGCCCCUAUACGUUCCCGCAGUAUUCGCAUGUUCACCGUUUCCACGUCUGUUGCCAACGAACGACUCUCAACAUCCCCCGGGACGCCUAGGUGACCUGAUCGCCGAUUGGGGACCCCGCAGAUGUCAUAUAUCUUCUGCCGAGAGUUCGGCCGCCGAGCCGCCUUC